AUGGACGAUACCACUACGCGCUGUGUCUAUGAUAUACCCACCCCCCUCUCUUAUGCCGAGUACAUGAACCCCGAACAAGCGCGACUUCGGGCCAGACAACACCUGGAGCAGAGCAAACAUCGUAUUGCUGGACCUAUGGACCCAUCCGAUUUCAUGGACACCUUCCUGCCACUCGGGACAUCCUCUGUGGACGCCUCUACCCACCGACUGUCCAAUCGAGGCGCGUUUAAUGCGAUUCCACCGCAAGCUGAGACCAGUGCGGAGAUAUUCAUUCCCUUGGACAGACGCGGAUUCAUGAAGCCUCACAUCUGCUGCUACACCCGGUCCAACCUGGAGACCGUCAGAGCCGCGGACGUGUCGUCGCGCAUCGACCUCGGGUACGCCGAAUUUUUCAUCCACAUCUCCCCCGAUCCUUCGCGCGACUUCUUCAAAGACCCCCCUCCGGACGUCGACGAUCGGUCAAAUCACGAGUUCCUGUCAGGCUCGUUCAACGCUUACCGGCACAAAUACAUCCACGAGCUCUUCGGCCAACACAUGUCCUACGUCGCGGAGGUUUUCGCACGCCAACCCCGCGCGUUCGUGUUCUCACUUGCCGUGCACGGCUCCCGCACGCGGCUACUCUUCUGGGACCGGUCAGGCUGCAUUGCGUCCGAGUCGUUCGACAUGCGCACACACCCGGACACUCUCUGCGAGUUUCUCUGGCGGUUCUCCGAUCGAGGCGACAUAGGGCGCGGCCACGACGUUACAAUUCAGCCCGCACUACGGGAGGAAGAGGACGUGUUCCGAAAUGCGAUCCGCGAGGUUCAGCUCCCGCGAGGAGAACACGCGGCGGUAUAUCUUUUCGCGGCCGGUCACUUGCUCAACGCGCUUACGCAUGCCGGAACGCGGGGGUACUGGGCAAUGGAUGUGGCAACCAAGGCAGUCGUGUUCCUGAAGGACACGUGGCGGGAGCUCGAGGCAGAGUGCGAAGGCGAUAUCUUGCGACGUUUGCACAACCUUGGGGUUCGCAACAUACCUGCGCUUGCUUGGCAUGGAGACGUUCCGUGGUCGGUACGACAUCCACCCAAGGGACGGACGCUGAACGCGAUGCGAGAUGCACUGGAGAAAGACUCUCGCGUUCAUCGGGACAUUAGCACCGGCAACAUUGUGCUAGUUAAAGAAGCGGAGUCCGAUGUGCGUAGAGGGUACCUCAUCGACUGGGAACUUUCAUGCACACUGAAUGACGAAGGUGAUGCUGAAGCAACCGGACGAGCAGGAACGUGGCGGUUUAUGUCCAUUCGUCUCCUCGAAUGGCAAGGGCAUGGCGAGCUCCGGCAUCGUUUUCAGGAUGACAUGGAAUCUCUCCUAUGGGUCAUCUUCUACAGCGCGCUCCUGUGGCAACCGCACAACUACUCCGACGCCACCCUUCGGGACGUGAUACGCGACUUCUUCGAUAUGUGGAUGUGGUCGCGUCCCGGUAAACUAUGGUAUGGUGGUCAUUCCAAGGGCCUGUACACACGCACCCGCGGCGCGAUUCCAGCUUUCACGCUCAAGAGCGAAUCCCUUCAAGAGUGGAUAAACACUAUGGUCACAUACCGCUCUCCGCUCCCCACCGACGACCCGAAUUUCAAGGACAAAUGGACCGAUCACGCCUUCAUCCACCAAUUCUGGGAAAAGUUCCUCGACUCGCAUGCUUUGGAGACGGCGAACCGUGUAGAGAACGUGCCUGCAGGCGGCAUCCGCGAGAGCGAGCUGAGCACGCGCAAGGAGUUUGACACCAUCCCCCUCGCCCCCGGAGAGAAAACGCGCAAGCUCUUCCCCGCCAACGCCUCGGAAGCGAUCUAG